UCAACGGCUACUUCUCUCUCUCUCUCUCUCUCUCUCUCUCUCUUUUCUCUCCGAUUCUCCUUUUUUCCUCUCACAUUCUUCAACAAUCAAGAACAAACAACACAGAAACCUUUACCACAGUUUCGAUAAAUCCUAAUGACGAAGAACCCAUAAUCGCAAAACCAGUACUGUUGAAUGCAGAAGAACAUGGACAGCGUUUAUGUAGAGCUGGAUGAAGUUAAAUCUGAGCUUGAGAAGCUCAGGACUGAAUACAAAAGCAAAGCAGAACUAUCCGAAAACUUGAGGAGAGCACACAACGAGCAGCUCAGUAAAGUCCAGGAGGCAAGUUUAAAAAUCGAGAAGCAGGCUCAAGAACUGAAUGAGAAUGCAGAAAAGAUAUCCACAGCGCAGCAGAUGUGUGAAGAUCUCAAAUGCAGUUUGAAAGAUAAAGAGUCCAUGAUUCAACAUCUCAGGGCUGCAAACGAUAGACUUCGAGUUGAUUGUGAUGAGAAGUACCGAAAAUUGGAAGAAACCAACAGAGUGUUGGCAUUGGCUUUAGAUGAGGCAAAUGAGAGGAAAAUGGAUGAAGAGCAAACAAUUCGUGCAUACAAAGAAGAGAUUCAAGGCCUCAAGGGACGUCUAUCUGAUUCACAGAAGAAAUGUUUGGAAGUAGAGAAGAAAGCUAAUGCAUCAAAAGAACUAAGAGAAAGGGAUGAGAUGAUUCUCAGAGUAGAGGAGGAAAAUCGGAAAGUUCAAGAUCAGCUAAAGUGGAAGAAGGAGCAGUUCAGGCAUCUAGAAGAAGCACAUGAGAAGCUCCGAGACCAGUUCAAGGAAAGUAAAAAAGAAUGGGAGAGGGAGAAGUCUUCAUUGCUUGAUGAGAUUUGUUCAUUGCAGACAAAAUUGGAUUCUCAAACCAGAAUUUCAGAUGAUCUUCAAAAGCAGCUGAAGAUGUGCAACCAUGCCUUGGCCCAUGAAGAAAGCCGUAGAAAGCGUCUGGAAGUUCAAGUGUCUGAAUUCCAAACACGCUUUACAAGUGGCUCUUUUGACAGUGAGGAUGAAAAAUCGCAACUGGAACGCUUGACUGCAGAGAGGGACAAAGAAAUUGCAUCUCUAAGGCAAUCUCUAAGCACAAAAGCAACACUUCACAAAGAAAUGGAAUAUCAAGCAGGGAAGCUACAGCAAGAAAAUGAGGAGUUGCGGAUGUCCCUCAAAGAACUCCAGGAAGCCCAAAUCCAAUCUGCACCAGGGUCACCUUCUUUGGCAAAGCUGCGAAGCAAGCUCAAAAGAUUGGAGCAGAUGCACAGAGAUUCUGUUGCAGAUCAUAGGGCUAAAGAAGCUGAAUGGAGCUCUCAACUGGAAAAUAUGACAGCGGACCUGAACAACUAUAAGUCUGAGUUAGAGAACAAAGAUGCAGCAAUAACUGGGCUCAGGUUAGAAUUGGAACAGAUGCAGAGAGACCUCACCUCAGAUCUCAGAGCUAAGGAAUAUGAAUGUAGCUCUCAAUUUGAAAAAAUGAGAGAUGAAUUGAACAUUUGUAAAUAUGAGUUAGAGAGUAAAGAUGCAGCACUAAAAGAACUCAACAUGGAAAUGGAGCAGAUGCAUAAAGCCUGUACUACAAAUGGUGCCGAAGAUGCUGAGUGGAGCUCUCAACUUGAAAAGAUGGCAGAUGAUGUGAAAAGCUAUAUUUCUGAGCUAGAGCGAAAAGAUGCAACGAUAACCGAGCUCAAGAUGGAAAUGGAGCAGAUGCACAGGGACUGUACUACAUAUCGGGCCAAAGAGACUGAAUGGAGCUCUCAACUAGAGAAGAUGACAGGUGAUCUGGAAAGCCAUAUUUCUGAACUAGAGAGAAAAGAUGCAGCAAUAACCGCCCUCAAGAUGGAAAUGGGGCAGAUGCACGGGGACUGUACUACAUAUCAGGCCAAAGAGGCUGAAUGGAGCUCUCAACUAGAGAAGAUGACAGGUGAUCUGAAAAGCCAUAUUUCCGAACUAGAGAGAAAAGAUGCAGUAAUAACCGAGCUCAAGAUGGAAAUGGAGCAGAUGCACAGGGACUGUACAACAUAUCAGGCCAAAGAGACUGACUGGAGCUCUCAACUAGAGAAGUUGACAGGUGAUGUGAAAAGCUAUAUUUCCGAGCUAGAGAGAAAAGAUGCAGCAAUAACCGAGCUCAAGAUGGAAAUGGAGCAGAUGCACAGAGACUAUGCAAUUAAUCAGGCCAAAGAGACUGAAUGGAGCUCCCAACUAGAGAAGAUGACAGGUGAUGUGAAAAGCUAUAUUUCCGAGCUAGAGUGUAAAGAUGCAGCAAUAAAUGAGCUGAAGAUGGAAAUGGAGCAGAUGCACAGAGACUAUACAAUUAAUCGGGAAAAAGAGACUGAAUGGAGCUCCCAACUAGAGAAGAUGACAGGUGAUGUGAAUGUCUUUAAGUCUGAGCUAGAGUGUAAAGAUGCAGCAAUAAAUGAGCUCAAGAUGGAGUUGGAAGCUUGUCACUCUCUAACUGUGCAGCUCAAGUUGCAAAACGAGGAGCUUUCUGUCAUGUUAUUGGUGUUGAAGCUUGGAAUCUCUGAGGCUCAGUUGAAGAUUUCAAAUGAGCGUUCUGAAAUGGUUCUUCUUGACAAAGAGAAAGAAGAGUAUAUAUCUCUUUUGAUGCAGCAAGUGGAGAUGAAGAAUGCUGCUCUGGUUAUUGCACAGGCAGGUAUCGAAGAAGAACGUGAGAAGGCUGCAUUUUUAUCUAGGAGGAUUGAAGCUUUGGAUCUCAUUGAGAAAGAACAACUUCUAAUGCAGGAAGAACUUGACAGGUACAAGGAAAUGCUGGAGGACUCAUCCAAGCAUGAACUUUGCUUGAAACAGCAACUUUUGCAGAUUGAAAGUGUUCUAGAAAGAGAACGUAGAGAAGUUAAUGAUGCCUUAGAGAGAGCAAAUACUGAGUUGGCUGAGAAAAUCAGUGAAGGAAGUGAAAUUGAAAUGGAAUUGCAUAUAUGGAAGUCCAUCACUGAAAAUUUAAGAACUGAUCUUGAAGUAAGUCUGGGCAUACGUAAAGAGUUAGAAGCUUCUCUUCUUGCAGAGGUAGAUGUUGGGGAGACCAUCAAGCAAGAGAAUAAGGGUCUUCUUCGUGUUCUAGAAGAGAAAGACAAAACAGUAGAAAACCUCCAGCAGCAGAUCGUGUUACUGGAGCAGAAGCUCCAGAGAACAGAUGCAGAUGCAGAAAAUGCUGGUUCUGCACAAAUAGAGGCAGCAAUGUCCUUGGAGAAACUCCAGAACGAGGUCAGCCAGCUAGAGCAUGAAUCACUGAUGAGAGAGUUCACAGGUGUUUUGCUUGCCCAAAUUGGCGCAGAGAGACUAUUUGAGCAUGAGAAGGAGAAACUUAUCCAACUUGUAGAAGAGAAGUACCAGAGAGUGAAUGAUCUCAUGCAGCUUGUGGAGUCCUUGGAGAAUAAGUUUAAUUGCUCAGUAGUUUCUUUCUCUUCACAGCUAGCUGAAAAACAGGCAGAAAUUAAUCUCAUCCAUGAUGCUUGGGAAGACAUCACUGCUGCACAGAUUAUGGCUGCAGUUGAAAAUGAAGAAAAGAAGUCAGUGAUUGCGGAACUUGAGGAUGAAAUCUGUAGUUUACAGACAAAGCUGGAAUCACAGCAGAAAUCCUUGUAUGAUUCACAACAGCGAGCACUGGAGUUUGAAGCUGAAUUGAAAACAAAAGAGCUGGAAGCGCAGAAACGGAGUGAUCAGAUGAAGACAAAGCUGAGAAAUUCAGAUGCCUUAAUUGAAGAACUCAAGAGUGAAAGAAGAAAUGUACUUGAAGAUGUCAUUAAGUUGUCAUCAGAAAGUAUCAGUCAGUUCUCCAGUACAGACAAACAACUGAGGGGUAUGUUGGAAGAGAUGGUGCUCUCUUUUGAAAACCAAGGUCCAAAAAUGGAUUUGGAAUGGACUGAUGAGUUUAUUAACCCAGAAAAAGAGAAUGUUUCUACGCCUACCAUGAUGAAGAAAUGUGAAGUAAUUUCUGACUUAAGAUCUCCAUUUAGAGACCUCAACACUUAGCUGCAAUGUGAAAAUGAAGCACGGAUUCUUUAUUUUUAACUUACGUGUAUUAAUUCAUGCGCAUGUAAUUAUUUUGUUUUUGACAAACAAUUUAACCACGAAUUUGAUUACCAAUUGUAAGUCCCCAAGUUAGGAAAUUAUAUUUCU